AUGCCAUGUCGGGAGAUUUUACUGUCACAGGGAUUGGGAUCACAAGGUAAAUUCCCCAUGAAGGUAGCCCACUCACGCGACCUCCCCUCUCUCUCGUUUCCUCUCCCAUGUAGCCCGCCGCCGCUAGCGUCGCCAGCGGAAGAGGAACGGGCCGCGCUCUCCCACGCAGCCACGCCAACGUCGUCACGCCUUGUGGGAGGAGAAGGUGACGACGACGACGGUUCGAUCUGUGGUCUGCCUCGGCAUGGCAUGGGAGGCAACGGAUCGAUCCGGUCAACCCAGCGUCGUCACGCUCAAGGCCGUCCGCGGCAGCUGCAAAUUGAGGCGGCGACUACAAAUCGAAGGAGCUGA